AUUUGGUCACCAUCGAUUGUCAGAUGUCACAUGUAUACAAAUUUUUGAUGUGGUUAAUUCAAAUUGUUUAAAAAUUAAAUAAUGAGAUUUUAAAAACUUUGAAAAUAUAUACUUAUAUACUUUAUAUUAUGGAUCCCUCUACGUCCUAUUUUGCUUAUAGUAUUCAGGAAAUAUUUAAUCAAAAUAAUUUUAAUGAACUAAAUAAUAGCCUGAAAUGUUAUUAUAAAACUUAUCUACUAAAUAAGGAAGAUUUUAUUAUUUCAUCUGAAGACGUUGAUUGUUUAUUAAAUAUUGUCACAUAUAUUAACACAAGAUUUGGGUGGUACAAUAAUUUGGAAGUGCCUUUUCCUCAAGUCCUCACAGAAACAAUAAAGAUUUUAAGAGUGUUUGUUACCAAAAAGUGGAUUGCACAAUAUGUGAUAGAAAAUGCAAAAUUUUUUAGCGUUUUUAGUUUUUUAAUGACUUGUGUGUUUACAAAGAAGAAUGGACAAGAACUAUACACUAAAUAUUUAUUACAAAUGAUAGUAAACUUAUUAUGUAUUGGUAAAGAAAGUGACUGUGGGGAAUUUCAUUCAAAAGUAUUUAUCAAUUUUUCUUAUCAGUUAAAUAAUUUCUUUCGUGAAUGUUAUGGCUUUUCAUAUGAAAUUAGUGCUGUUAUUUACAAUCUGUUUUUAAAUAAAGAAAUCAGAGAUUUAAAAUUAAUUAAUUCAGUGAUAGAAAAUUAUGGAAAUUGCACUACUAGCAAUGAAUACUUAGAUUUUCUGUUGAACCAAAUAUGUUGCCAAAACUUUAUAUGGGCCUCUUAUGAAACUCUUCCACUGAAAUCAAGACUGAUUCUGUUAAACUAUUUGAAUGAACUUUUGGUUUCAACUAAUGCCAAUCUUAAACAAAAAUUAUCAAAUUCUUCACUUGAGAGGUUGUUACAAGUUUUUAACGAUUCUUCAAAUGUAGUUUUUCAAGUGAGUCAAGCAGGUUGUGCAGAAUCAUCACAAGAAGUUUCGUAUGUCUUGCAGUUAAUAUCAGUACUUUCUGCCAAUGAAAACUACAUAAACAUAUUACAAAGUAAUGUUGCUAUGUUUAUAAAUGCUGGAGUAUUAUUAGUUAAUAUACAUAGACUGGGAAAAUCAUCAGAAAAUGUCUUUAAACCCAUACAAAAAUUGUCUGAAAUUAAUAAUCCAAGCCAGGAAAUAUGGAAUAAUCCUGUGUAUGGAUUUAAAGCUUCAUUGAUAAGGUUGAUUGGAAAUUUAUGUUGGAAAAAUAAAAGACUACAAGAUUUGGCGCGAACUGCUGAAGUCAUUCCUAUUUUACUAGACUGUUGUAAUAUUGAUGCAAGAAAUCCAUUUAUCAUGCAAUGGGUGAUUUUAGCAAUAAGAAAUAUUUGCGAAAAUAACAAAACUAAUCAAGCUAUUAUCGAAGGUUUGACACAGCAAGGAAUGGUACAGUCAGAGAUUUUACAAGAGUUGGGUAUUAGCAGUAAUAACCAAGAUAAUUUAAUUGAGAAAUUUGUUAAUAUAGAUCUGAACAGGUCAGAUGGAAAUAAAUAAUAAUAAAUUACUA